CGACACCGGCGCGACUGCAACAUACAACGACCCAGAAAAUAAAAAAUAUAUAUAUUAUCGUUGUAUAUUUACCGUAUCGAACAUCUAAAAUCCACCUGCAACAACUGUUUACCCCCACCCUUUUAAAUGGGAUGUUUAGAGUCUGACUGAAGCAGCGGGAUUGUUUGGGAGGAAUCAGAUGAAAGAAUGUCAUACAUAUCUGGGAUGGCAUGAGGGAGAGGUCGUCCUGAGUCCCAGUCAUUUAUACCCUGUCAUAGUAGGAAGCUAGGAGUGGGACAAAGAAAUGGAACAGGAAGUCGCAACUGUCAGCCAGUAGGUUUAACAAAAGGGAGUAGGCCGAGGAGCAUCGUCUAUACCAUAAAGCACUCCAGGAGCGAGAGGUCUUGAGGACAACAAGACCUUUAAAAGAGGAGGAACACUAUCACAGACUCUGAGAAAAGGACAGAACAAUUCAGAGAUGAAGUUGAAGGAGGACAUGUCCCCUCUCCUGCUGCAGGUCUUCCGAUCGGUGGUCUGGGUUUAUUCCGUCAUCACAUUCUUGCCCUGGUAUCUGCUCUCCGGGGCCAGCGAGAACAAGGCCCGUGCCAAACGGGUCAAGGCGCGCUCGGUGAGCAGGAAUCCUGCAGGGCCGUACCGGGCAGUGAACAGCCAGCAGCGGUUGGCAUCCCUAUUGCACGCGGGUGUGGACACUUUGGAUAAAGUGUUUGAAUAUGCUGUAGUUCACUUCCCUAACAGAGACUGUCUAGGCACAAGAGAGCUGCUAAACGAGGAGGAUGAAAUCCAGCCAAACGGCAAAGUGUUUAAGAAGGUGAUUUUGGGCGAUUAUAACUGGUUGUCAUACCAAGACACUUUCCAUCUUUCUCAGAGGUUUGGUAGUGGUCUGGCCGCACUGGGUCAGAAGCCCCUGUGUAACAUUGCCGUUUUCUGCGAGACACGUGCAGAAUGGAUCAUCGCGGCUCAGGCCUGCUUCAUGUACAACUUCCCAUUGGUGACUCUGUAUUCUACAUUGGGAGGAGCAGCAAUUGCUCAUGGGCUGAAUGAGACUGAGGUCACUCACAUCAUAACAAGCAAAGACCUGCUGCAGAGCCGCCUCAAGGCGAUACUAAUGGAUGUCCCCAGACUAAAGCACAUUAUAGUGGUGGAUAAGAAGCCCCCCAGUUUGCCAGAUCUGCCUAGAGGCAUCAUGGUCCACAAUAUGGCAACUGUGCAAGAAAUUGGGGCCAAACCUGAGAACAUUGCCAUGUCCCGCAGACAGCCUCUCCCAUCUGAUAUCGCAGUGAUCAUGUAUACCAGUGGGUCUACAGGCAUCCCUAAAGGAGUCAUGAUCUCCCAUAGCAACAUCAUCGCUGGCAUCACUGGCAUGGCUGAACGCAUCCCUAACCUAGAUGAGAAUGACACCUAUAUUGGUUACCUGCCUCUCGCUCAUGUCCUGGAGCUCAGCGCUGAAUUGGUGUGUGUGUCAAACGGCUGCCGGAUCGGAUACUCGUCACCUCAGACGCUUGCUGAUCAGUCAUCCAAAAUUAAGAAGGGCAGCAAAGGAGACACUAGUGUCCUGAAACCAACACUGAUGGCGGCGGUACCAGAGAUUAUGGACCGUAUCUAUAAGAAUGUGAUGACUAAAGUUGAAGAGAUGAGCAGUGUUCAGAAAACUCUUUUUGUUCUGGCAUACAAUUACAAAAUGGAGCAGAUCUCCAAAGGGUACAGUACACCGCUGUGUGACAGGUUGGUGUUUAAGAAGGUGCGCUUGUUGCUGGGCGGUAACAUGCGUGUGCUGCUCUCUGGUGGAGCUCCUCUGUCUGCUGCUACUCAGCGGUUUAUGAACAUCUGUUUCUGCUGUCCUGUGGGUCAGGGCUAUGGCCUCACCGAGACCUGCGGUGCUGGAACCAUCAGCGAUUUGUAUGACUACAGCACUGGGCGUGUCGGAGCUCCUCUGGUGUGUUCAGAGUUCACGCUAAAGGACUGGGAGGAAGGUGGUUAUCACAGCACAGAUAAACCGAACCCACGAGGAGAGAUUCUGAUUGGUGGGCCCAAUGUCGCCAUGGGUUACUAUAAGAACGAGCAGAAAAACCGGGAAGAUUUCUUUGUGGAUCACAAUGGAGAGCGCUGGUUCUGCACUGGAGACAUCGGAGAGUUUCACCCCGACGGCUGCCUCAAGAUUAUCGAUCGUAAGAAGGACUUGGUGAAGUUACAAGCUGGUGAAUAUGUGUCUUUGGGGAAAGUGGAGGCCGUCAUGAAAAACUGCCCUCUCAUUGACAACAUCUGCGCUUAUGCGAGCAGUGAUGAGUCCUACGUGAUUGGCAUUGUGGUGCCUAAUCAGAAGCAAUUAACUGGCCUUGCAACUCAGAGGGGCAUCAGAGGAUCAUGGGAAGAGAUCUGUAACCAUGCAGAGAUGGAGAAAGAGGUUCUGCGCAUCAUCACAGAAGCAGCUAUAGCAGGUAAACUGGAGCGUUUUGAGAUCCCAAAGAAAAUCCGUCUGAGUGCUGAACCCUGGACGCCCGAGACGGGCCUGGUUACCGACGCCUUUAAACUCAAACGCAAGGAACUGAAAACGCACUAUCAGGACGAUAUCGAGAGGAUGUAUGGUGGCAAGUGAAUGCCAGCAGGGUGAUGUUGGGGAGGGAAGGGGUUUUAGGACACACCAUUCUACAAUGCCUAUAUAUAUAAAAAAAAAAGCAACCCACAAUCCUCUGCCUUCAUGCUCCCUGGGUUAUUAAAAUAUGGUUUGACUUAAAAAAAAAAAAUAAAAUUGCAGGGGGACUGGUGCAAGAGCAUACGCCACCUGCUGGAGCAGGUACUGAAUAACAAAAAUGGACUACUCGAUUGUCAUUUAUGAAGAUGACCUACAAGAAUGACUCCUGGAAGACAUACAAAACAACCUACAGACUGAGACUUUUGGACCCAUUCCUCUUCCUUCUCUCUCAUUGGUUCUUUUUGAUAGACACACCCCCAGCCCCGCCCUCACAUUAUACUGCAGGCAGAUAUGAGCUUGAUCAUUCCUCCCUACAGCAGUGGAAGUGGUCACAAUGAAUUUUCAUCCAGUUCUAUGCAGGGAAAUGUUUUAUACUUUGUUGAAAUUUGAAAUCUUUUUUGGCUUUGUUCAUUUGUUCUGCCUUUUUUUUUUUCUUUUUCUUUUUUUUUACAGCAUUGGGAACAGUACAGAAUUUAAAUGUGAUUAGAAUGCUUCUCUUUAUUGUAUUUUUUCCAUUGCUACUUUUUCAUGAAAUGGAACUUUCAUCAUUUGUAUUUGUAUUUUGUUACUUUAAACCUCAGCUUUUUGUUUACCUGUAUCCUAAGGCAGUUAUUGUUGCCCUGUGUAGAAUUAUAGAAGUUAAUAGUCACAGUGAAUGGUGUAGUUCAUGUGCUUGUGCAUAUUGAGGACAGUGUACCUAGAAAAGGUGCAGAAAAUUAUAAUAAUCCAGAACUGAAGAAAGCAGUAUUUACCCAGAGAGUUGUUCUAAUGCUACAAAGAGCUGUCCAGAUGUUGAAGAGAGCAGUCUUCUUAACAAAAAAAUGCUGUUUUAAUGAUGGUCGAAGAGCAGUGUAAUGCUGCAGAGAGCAGCCUUAGACGUUACAUAGCAUCAGAACAGCUCUUUAGGUUAAUACUUGUUUUUUUUAACCCAGAGAACUGCAAAGCACAAUCUAAUCAGUUCUGAUCCUGUUAGAAGCUGUUCGGAUGCUGCAGAGAUGUUCUGUUGUUGCAGAGUGCAGUCUUUGCUCUUCAUUGCAUUAGAACAGUUUUCUGGGUUGUAUUAUGACUGCAAAGGGCAAUGUAAUGCUGCAAGGAGCAGUUCUGAUGCUGCAAGAAGCUGUUCUGGUGCUGCAGAGAGCAGUCUUAACCCAGAGCACUAUUCUAAUGCUAUGAAGAGCUUUUCUGUAAUGGCAAAGAACAAUCUAAUGCUGUAGAGAGCAGUUCUGAUGCUGCAAGGAGCUGUUCUAUUGCUGCAGAGAGCUGUUCUAAUGCUCCAGAGCGCACUCUUAACCAGAGAGCUGCUCUUGCUGCAGAGAGCACUUUUAAUGCUACAAAGAGCUGUUCUAAUGCUGCAGAGAUCAGUUCUGUGACAGCAAAGAGCAAUCUAAUGCUGUAUAGAGCAGUUAUGAUGCUUCAGAUUGCAGUCUUAUGAAAGAGAAAGCUCUUAAUUCUACGCAAGAUCUGUUCUGAUGCUAUGAAGAGCUGUUCUGUAACAGCAAAGAGCAAUUUAAUCUGUAGAGAGCAGUUGUGAUGCUGCAAGGAGCUGUUCUGAUGCUUCAGUGAGCAGUCUUAUCCCAGAGCACUAUUCUAAUGCUAUAAAAAUGUUUUCUGUGAUGGCAAAAAUCAAUCUAAUGUUUAGAGAGCUGUUCAGAUGCUUCAAAGCACAAUCUUAAUCCAGAGAGCUGUUCUAAUGCUGCAAAGAGCAAUUCUGAUGCUGCAGAGAGCUGUUCUCUUGCUACAGAAAGCUGUUUUAAUACUGUGUAAAGCUGUGCUGAUACUGCAGAGAGCUGUUCUAAUGCUAUGAAGAGCUGUUCUUUGACUGUAAAGAGCAAUUGAAUGCUGUUGAGAGCAUUUGUGAUGCUGCAAUGAGCUGUUCUGAUGCUCCAGAGCAGUCUUAACCCAGAGAGCUGUUCUGCUGCAUAGGUCUGUUUAAUGCUACGAAAGGCUGUUCUAAUGCUGUAGAGAUCUGUUAUAUGACACUAAAGAGCAAUUUAAUCCUGAAGAGAGCAGUUCUGAUGAUGCAUGGAGCUGUGCUGAUAGAUUGGUACAGCUUUCAGCUGCAUUAGAAGUCAGGGCAACUUUAACAGUCUAACUUAGCACUCCCCUUCACAGACACUCCAAUUAUUUGUGUCUCUGUAUUUAAAAUGCAUUUUAGUGAGUUGGUGUCCACCCACAGGUAUGGGCACUUUGUGUGUGUGCACUUUGCAUAAACAGACCUCUUAAAAUCUUGCAACAGCUUGCAUCUGGAAAAAAGCUUGAUUUAUUUCUCACAACUCUCUGUUCUCCCACAUUCCUUAACUCAUCACUACAGGGUCAACCAGAUCAUAAAAGAAAUAUAACCAUACAUACAGUGUACAUUUCUUUGAACUCCAUUUGUUUGUAUUAGUAAAGCCUUUAAACUUAAAACUUUAAUAUGUCAUGUGAUCUUAUAAUGUCAGCCAUUGUGUUGCAUGGAUGUAUUGCAAGGGAACCAAGUGUGAUCAAAGUUAGAGAAACUCGAGAUGCAGUCCAGUAGUUUGGGUACCAUUUUUGUGUUCCUAAAUAGCCAUUAUAUUAUUUUGAGUAAGCAUUGUAUUGUGAUAUUGUCAUUGUAGGAAAUGAUUAGUGACAUCAACAAAGAAAAAGUAUGAACUGAAUGUGCAAUAUAAUUAUGUAUUCUGAAAUAUGUAAACUGAAACGCACAGUCCCACCCAAAGAGCAUGAAUGUCUCCAAACUCUUCUGUUACAGAAGGGGCUCAAUUAUUCUGCUUUAGAUUGUGCAGAUCACUCACUUACAUGAUUAUAGAUUUGACAACAGAUUGCGAUUCAAAUUUGAUUCAGGAGAUGUUAACCAAACCAUUAAACUUCGGCUAAGAACGUAUUGAAUGGCGAACAUUCAAUAUAGAUGUGCCGUUUUGCAGAUAUGGGGCAAAUGUCUUCUAAAUUUUUACAUUUAUUCAUUAUUAUAUAUGUGGAGAUCUCCUGUAAUUUGUUGAUUUUCUGCACUUACAUUUUCAAUGCAAAUAGUUUAAAAUAAUUUUAUUUUUUUUAUUUUUAUGAUCUCUUGAUUCCCUUAGAAACUGUUAGAAACACUCCAGCUCAUGACUGAAAGUUUUUUUGUUUUGUAUUUUUAUUUUUAUUUUUACCUAAAAGGAAUGAAGGCAAAUGGUGUUCCAAAAUUAGAUGGCUCUGCCUUUUACUUUGCUCGAUGGAGGAUGUUGAUUGCCUUUUUUUUACACAGUGGAAAUUAAACGUAGUUUAUAGGAAUUUAUACUUUUGAAAAUGUAUUUCUGUCUUCAAGAUCAGGGAGUGACUCAUCCCCCUCUUAUAGCAGCUGUAUACUCCGCUAUCACUCUGAUUUGUGCGCAAGUUAAUCCUGCAGUGUAAUUGGUUCCAGCUACAAGCAGCUGGCCAGUCAGUGCAGAGAGAGCUCCACCUUAUUUCUACUGUCUUUGGAAGAAUUGUAAUUAGAUUGCUGUAUCGGCCUGUCAGUCCGUGGCAUUUGCAUCAACAAUAUUAUUCUGAAAUAUCUAUCUUGGAACAGUAGUGCUUUUAGCUUCAGGAUUAAAGAGCCGUUCAAUCAGUAACUUUUUACGUCAGGUCAUUGGAUCAUCAAAAGAUGAUUUUGAUCUGUUCAUAAUAUACAGCUGAUUUGGUGGAGUAAUUCUCUCUUGUAUUACCCACUGUGUAAAUAUGACAGUUGCAAUUAGCAGAUGUACAGAUGUGAAACUUCCUAUAAAUGUGUUAAAUCUUUGUUACUGAGUAGGUUUGGGAUCUUUUCUCCUUUGUGUGGAUGAAGUUACUGUCUUAUGACAGGUCAUAACAAGCAAAUCCUUUAUUUAUUUGUAAUUUGGCCUUGAAAUCAUGUCAUGAGGAAUAAAGUUUUGUCUUC